AUGACCGCCACCCUUGAACGAAGUCUCUCUCGCACAUCAAGUGUAUCCAUGCCUCUAUCACCCAUGAUCUCCUUUCGACAUGACGCCGCUACCCCUGUCUCUGAAUCCUCCAUUGCCCACCUGCACGAACGCCUCUCGGUUAUCGAUUCUCGCCUUCUCGAACUACGAUCAACCGUUCUGACCAAGGACGGCUAUGUCGAUAGACGCAACCGAGAAGAUGAGCAUAUACGUCGUGAAUUCGAAGCCAACCGGUCCAUCAGCAACAGAAUCGACUUGAAUGUGGUCGCUUUACGAACAGAUGUCGACCAGUUGAAGUCGGGUAUCCUGCAACUGAAAUCGAGUUUAGGGCAAGCCGGCAAUGAAACCGUCUUUCUUCGCAGCGAUGUCGAUCGACUCUCCAAGAACGUCGACCAGAUCCAGGCCGAUCUAGAACACAUGCAGACCGAUGUAUGUGGGUGUCGUAUGGAAAUAAGCAAACUGCACUCAACGAUCAGCCAACUUCGCACGGAUCUUAUCACCCUGCAGCACGAGACAUCGCGGCAUCUGAGCUCGGUGUUUGAGCGGUUUUCUCUGAUCGAAUCGCGCAUGAAGCAUUCCGAACGCGUUCGAUUUAACUCACUGGCUCACACCACUCAUGCUCCUAUUACUCCUGUUCCUGUUGUUGAAGAAGAUGGAUCUCUGCUUUGGCCGGAAUAUUUCCCCAGGACUGUGUGGAGGUUCUGGUGUUUGAAGAAACGCAGUCGGGUCAACCGCUUGGCACAACUUGCCGAAUUUUACCAACUUGGUGGAUAUGAAUACUGGGGCCGGAUGCAUCAGACCGAUGGCAUGUUUGCCAGCGACAGUGAAUCAAGCGAUUCAAGUGACUGUCCUUCGAGCCUGUCUCGUGUUGAAGCUGUCCGCCAGUUCCCUGAAGCUGCCCACCAGGCACUGGCCGCUACACUCGGCCUCGUUUACUACAAGAUCCGAAACGAGGUUGGAGAUAACCCUCUAUCCCCUAGUCAACGUCCCCCAAAGCGGCAACAGGAGGAGGUGGCUUCUGUCUCGUCUAGUUCGAAACAGAAGCCCGUUAAGAUGCCUCGGCGUCCUAACAACCUCUCUCCCACCGCUCUUCACCGGCUCUUUACUGGACCAUCUCUCGAAUCCAAAUCGUUGACGUCGGAAGAAUCCGACAAACUCGGUUGGAACGCGCAGUCCGAGGUCUCUGAUGACGCUAUGAGCAAGCUCCGCGGCAUCGUUUCAGAGGAAGUUGGCACGAUUCUCCGCGCUUUGGAACGCGGUCGACUGAAGAUGAAACCGAGCAGAUCUGAGCGCAUGGAGAUGAGCCCAACCGGUUCCACCGGCAGCUCUCGUGGCAAAGCCCCUGCCAAAGACGUUGAGGCAACUAUGGCCAGCACCGUGGCCACUGAGAUUGUUUCUCUUGCCGAGAAAAGGGCAAUGCAGAAGCUGGAGGAAGCUACCAUUCCGGAUACCGCCUCAGAAACCACCAGCGUGUCGCCAUGA